UAAGAUAAACAUUUUCUUAAAGCAAUUUAAGAAAAUUUGGUUUAUUUAUUACAGAGCUGUUUUUACAGUGUAUUCUUCUGAUUGGCCUCUCUCUCUUUUUCUCUCUCUCUUCAUUUUCUCUCCGUCCACCUUUAAAGACACAUUUCUUUUGUGUCUCUCGUCUAUCCUCGUCCUCUGGUCUGGUGUCUUCAGAACCAUGGACAGCUCCGUGAACAAACUGGACGCUGCAGCUUUUUUACUCAUUUGGCAACAUUUCGAUGCAGACGAUCGCGGCUUCAUCGAGGACAAACACUUGGACGCCUUCUUUCGCAGUGCGUUGGAAAAAACUGGGACGAAGAGAGACGAGAUCAGCGAGGACAAAAUCAGACGCCUGAGAGCAAAGAUCGCGCCGAGUUACGACUGCACGGCUGACGGACGUCUGCAGAUACACAAGCUCUCCGCCAUGAUGCUGCCAGAGGAGGAGAACUUCCUGCUGCUUUUCCACAGAGAAACGCCGCUGGACAACAGCGUGGAGUUCAUGAGGAUCUGGAGAAACUACGACACAGACAGCAGCGGCUUCAUCUCAGCCACGGAACUCAAGAGCUUCCUUCAUGAUCUGUUCCUGCAGCACAGGAAGUCCAUCACUACUGAGAAGCUGGAGGACUACACGGACACCUUGAUGAAGAUGUUUGAUAAGAACAUGGACGGCAGACUGGACCUGAACGACCUGGCCAGAAUUCUGUCCCUGAAAGAAAACUUCUUACUGAAGUUUAAAAUGGACGCUUCCAGUCAGGAGGACAGGAGGCGGGACUUUGAGAAGAUAUUUGCUCACUACGAUGUUAGUCAGACAGGAGCGUUGGAGGGCCCUGAGGUCGAUGGAUUUGUCAAAGACAUGAUGGAGCUGGUGAAGCCUAGCAUCAGUGGAACAGACCUGGACAAGUUCAGAAAAGCCCUGUUGGGCCACUGUGACAUCAACGGGGACGGAAAGAUCCAGAAGAAUGAGCUGGCGCUCUGUCUGGGCCUUAAACUCAGUUAACCUUCCAUGACUCCUCCUCCUCUUCCUCCUUCUCGCUGAUCCUUCUGCUUAUUAAAUCUUUCUUUACCUUUAAAGUCCAACACUUGUCUCUGAAACACAGUGAUUUGUUUUAUUGGUGCAUUUCAAUUGUGAUUUCUCCGUUAGAAGUCGGAAGGCUCUGGUAAACUCACGUAAACACCUUAGUCUGACUAAUAUCGAGCUAUUCUUAGUCGGACUAACAUACCUGGAUAAUGUGAUUCAUAGUCUGAUUACUCCUUUAUGUAGACACUUACCUGUGCACACACCAAAAUGUCUCCCCUGAAGUAGAAGGAAUAAUGUCCUGUCCACUAGGGGGCGUUAUAAGGAUCAGAUAUAUUCAGUCGAUCUGUGUGGAUUGAAAGUGACGGUGAGUCCGGUUCAUCUUUGCCUGCCAACAUGGAGGUUCAUAGAAACCAUAGUCAUGUGACGUGUGGAGCUCGACACCCAUCACACCUUCAGUUAUUUUCUGUAUUCAAUAUUGAAUCUAAGGUGGAAAAAGUGUAUCACAUGCAAAUCUACAAAAACGUAACAUCUUACUGUGUCGUGUGAUGAGGGAUUUUCAUCUGUUUGCAUGAUGUUAUCGUGAAGUGAUUAAAAACUCAUGUAAUCCA